UCAACGCAGCAAACCACGCUGCUCACAACCAAUCCCCCAAACAUCGUCGUCAACAGUCACGCUGUCGCCCUCACGCAUUACAACCUACUAUAUCUAUCCAAAGCAAUCAUAUGGUGAUAUAGGCGGCAACGCCUACGAGUACAUCAGUGUCACUCGGCGUCCGUCAAGCCAGACACAUUCGCCGUCGUCGACACCACCACUGGUCCAUUCACACACAUCCACACCACUCAGCAGAUCUCCCUCCACACCUAACAUCACCAUGGCUCGUGGCCCCACCAGCUCCCAGCGCAUUGUGGGCUUUGCUAGGGAGGUGCAAUCCAUCCGUGAGCCUCGCGAUGAUGAGUUCUCGGUCAUGUCCCACUUUGCCAAACACGCUGAUCGAUGCCCUCACUGCCAUGACCCUUAUGCCACACACAUUAGAGAAAAGAGUCUAUGCGACCGAGGCAUCAGCUUGGCCAGAGAUGUUUGCAAUUACCUGUACGCCAAGGGUGGAAAGCCCUUUUCUGUUGUUGAUCGCAGAUCAUCAGGAGACCGUGUUCAGGUCCAGGUUCCAGUUGGCAUGGAGGCCGUCUCGCUCCUAAUCAAAGCCAUUGACCGUGGCAUGGUUCUCCAGAAGAAAACUGCCAUUGUGGUGGCCAAGAAGUCCGAAGCUGACAAGAUUGACCGCUCACCUUACCAGUCACCACGCCUAGAGCCCGCUCUCAGGUCGCCCAAACCCAAGGAGACUACUGAGCUGAGACGAUUUCAGGACGGACCUGUCGAAGUGAUCGAGAGAGCCCCGCGGCGGCGGGAACACAACGAGCAAGUUUAUCACAGUGAUCGUGUGGGUGAUCGAUCACGGUACGAACGGAGGGAAAGGCCAGUGUCGGCCAUCUAUCCCGACGAGAGACGAGGAAGCCUGUACCUGCGAGACGAAGAAAACAAGAGACAAUGGCGGCAGUAUGAGCGAGAGCCUAUUGUCAUUGUCGCAGAACCCAGAGCCCACCGGUACAUUUCACGGCGUUUUUUGAAUUAAUGGAUUACGGCAAGAGCUCUUCAAGAGCCACUCUUUUACACUUUGGCGGUCACAAGACCGGCUGUAUCACCAACAACAUCAACAAAAAGAUAGACAUUGAUCACGACACCACUGUCGGUGGAAGGCACCGCGUUGCCUGUUAUCUAUGCUCGGCUUGUGAGGUUUAGUCCAAGCCUAGAGCGACGACCACCCUGCUGGAUGGUCCGGCGAUGAACCAACGGAAAGGGGAGCCCGGCUCGAAGCAAUCCAGCGAUGCUCGAGCAGCAUGACAGACGGAGGGACAGACAGACGUCUGGGCACAUUGGCGACCCAUAGGAGCCAGAGGCCACUCCCACUCGAUUGAGAUUGUCUUGUGCGAUUAUUGAGGCCAUGGUGGC